UUCAUAUAUAUUCAAAAUGGCGGAUCUAUGAAUCAUUCAACAGCCCUACCAAAUAAGGUACACCUAUGUUACGUUCGACCAAUCAGAUAUAAGAAACCGCAACGAAAAAAGUUUGCGCUCGUCCAUUACUAAAUAGGGGUAAUAAAAAGGAAGAAGGGGAGAUGAAACCAAAAAAAUCUUUAAAAUGAUCAUUUUACUACUGUGAAAUAUCAAAAAAUUAAAAAAUUGUAGUUUUAUGUGAACAAUAAAACAUAUAUCUUUGUAUGGUAAAACAAUUAUCGUAUCAAAUUUACAAUGACAAAUUAGUUGUUCCCCCUUGCUUUGAAUGGACCGCUAAAUAGUCUCCUCACAAAGUGCCAGAAAAGUUAUCAAAGUUUAAUAUAGGACAGUUUGUAUUGUUUUUGCAUGCGUAAUCAAUUUUAUGUAAGAAUAGAAGGUUGUGAGUUCUAAUUGUAAAGACUAACUUUUAUACUUCUUAUGAACAACCAAAAAAUAUUAAAAUCGUGCUGCACGCAUGCUAAAAGUUACAGCUAAAGUUAUCAAAAGUUGUGCAAUGAUGUCUAGCACAAUAUGGAUCAUGAGUAGUAUUUCUGCCACUAGGCCAAGUGGAAAAUCUAGGUCUUGCUUGAAAUGUGAUAAAAACAUUCUCACUUGUAGAAAUUACAAGAAAGUAAGUAAGGAUAUUGCUCGGAAAAUCAUCGCGACUGGAUUUCUACAUGCAGCACCUGCAGAGGCACCCGUAGCAGGGGAUAGUGCAGGCCCAUAUCGGUCAAACGAUGUCGAUGACCAAGCUCUUGCCGAGGACAGCCUCACGAAGCAAGCGGGGUAUAUCUGCCGAUCAUGCCAUAAUAAACUUAAUGCUACGCUGGCAAUGUUAUGCCUCAACAAUUUCGUUGUUGAUGGUCAAGGAGAGCCCAAGUCGCCAAUGAAAGCUGCUGGUGAUGGCCGUUUUAAACGUCUGAGCAAGCUCAAAGAUUCCCCCACGACAUUGCAGCAUCGCCAAAGCAAGACGAGAUGUGAAAGUUCAUCCCCAUCGCCAUCGGCAUCGGCCUCCCCCUUGGCCCCGGCCUCGCAGUCUAGCAUCACACCAUGCUUAACCACUUCGAGGUUUCCAGACAAGCCUAUUGGAAGUAUUGCUGCAGGUCGGAGAAGAUUGAAAUAUCAGGAAAGGAAAAAAUCCACUGAGGUGAGUGAAAAUGAAAGUUGUCGUUGCCUAACUAAGAUUUUAGAUCUAGCCUCUGGCUCUACUAGAUCAUGUAGAACUAGGCUCUAACGUUAUUUUUUUGUCGGACGUUAGGUCCUAGAUCUAUGUCUAUUACUAUUUGGCUUAGAAUUUUCAUUGCAACUAUUAAAUGCAAGCAAAUAAUAUUCAUGCUAUAGUAUAUCGUGGUUUUGGAAACCACCGCUCAUUCGCUCACAUGCAAUAAAGCAAAGACUGAAAGAGUCUAUGUAAUGUAGUGAAUGGUGGUUUCCGAAACCACGAUAAUGCCAAUACUCUUGUAAUACUGUCUUAUAAACACACACGUAUUCACGUCAUUAGCUCAGUCAUAGCUGCUUUAUCAACUAAAUCUAGAUCAAACGUUAAAUAGAUUUAACGUUUGAUCUAUUUUUUUUGGAUUGAUUUUUUGAAUUGAUUUCAAACAUGAUAAAACACUUAACAGUACGGAGAUUCGAUGCCUUGCUCAUUAUUGACAUUAACUUACACUGCAUGACAUGCUGGGGAUCAAAUCCUGGAUUCUCGCAUGAUUAAGUUCCUUACGUUAUGAAUAAAAUAAUAAUAAUAGUGCUGGUGGCUUCUUAUAUAUUAUAUUUAAGCACCCAUAUCCGUCGGCAUGGUCAGGUAUGACGUUCGUGGUGCUGUACAUGCAAAAAUACAAAUUAAAUGAAAUGUAUGAAACCACAAGACAAUUCCCGUAAACCUAAAUGACAUGUAGAGCCCACAAAGCGACUUUUAAAAUGCAUGUUGUCAUUUCAAUGAGUAAAUUAAAUUAUGCUACAACACCCUCAAGAAAGUAAUGCAGUGAUUUCACUUUCAAGCUGUGAUUUUAUCUUGGUUUGAUGUUUGGUUUAUUUCAUAGUUAUAAAUAGGAUGUAUUUAUUCAUUUCAUCUUAUAUAGUUUAUGUAUAGUAGAUCUAGAGGUAAAUGGAAAUCGUAUAGGGUUAAUUGAGUAAUGCGUUCAGUUUUUACAAAGUUGACUCAACAUUCUGUUUUUAUUCAACAGAUGACACUUAUAACAAGUUCAGAUUCAGGAUCUGAAGAGAUCAGGAAAAUUCCAGUCCACCUCCAGAAUGUUGUCAAUGCUGCAGGGAAGGAGAUCUGAGGGAGCUCGUCAGCUGUCUACAGAAAUUACCAGGUGCUGCAGAAGAGAUGCACAAGUGCACUGCCUCAUCGAUCAACAAUGAAUGUGCCAAUCUUUGCAGUGAUCCACUAAAAUCUUCCUUUGGUAAUACAACAAAGCAGAAAUUACAACAAUGGUCCUACCAAGCUCAAGAAGAAGAGCUGCAAGAAAAGGCCCCCACACUUCUGACAUGCAUAAAGGCUGCUGCUGUAAGUCCAGGGAUUGAGGCAGGAAAUCGAGCAAAUCCAAGGAAGACCUACAGAUCUAUUCAACCGGGCAUACUGGGAGCUGCUGGUGUUCUUCUGAAUGCAAGGAAUGAGCGGAUGAACUCUCACCAAGUAAUGAAUGCCCUAUCAGUAAGGAGAGGUGGGUGUGGGUUUAAGACCAUCAGCCGUCUUAAGGCAAGAGGUUUUUCCGUAUCCUAUAAAACAAUUCUCAGGAAACAAGUUGAGUUCGGAAAAGACUACAACGCGAAGGUCCUGGAAUGGAAAGAAACGAUCGAGAAAGAUGUGCAGAAGGAGAAUGACCUCCUUAAAGAUCCUGAUGGGAAAUCUGCUCUCCUAAAACAUAAUGCCGAAAGACACCGUGGCUUUAUGUUGAAUGGAGACAAUGUGGACUUUCGGAUUUCGCCAAGGCAAAUGACGAUUGCCCAAGGAACCACUGAUCUGCAUUACUUCCAGUUUCUUGCAGUCAAGAAUAGGGUGGCUGACUUUUCGCUGUCUUCAGACGGUCCCAAAAGAGAUGUAGAAAAGGAGCCACUGUCAACAUUUCUACCUUCCGUAGAAGACAAUGCUGACUUGAGAGAGGACUGGUUGCAUCUUAUUGCACAAGUAAUAGGAAAGAACAUCCCCCCUUUGUGCUGGAUGUCAUCUGUCUUGCCGGAACACAUCCCCCAUCCUUUCAUGAAAGAGAUGAAAAAGAAAAGUGAAGUGGUCAAUCUGGGAGUCCUCACUUCAAAUGAAAAUACCCAUGAAGGAAUGGUUGAAAUACUUGAUCAUAUGAACAAGUAUGUUCCUGUAGAGACUGAUGGAACCACUCCUGUUAAAAUCAUCAGUGGAGGCGAUCUCCUAACCUGUGAGAGGGAGACCAACACCAUUCUGGACCGACAGGACAGUCCUUCACCCAUGGCUCGCUGGGAUGGUUUGGUUCCAGUGAUAGACGACUUCCACACAAUGGCAAACUUCCUAUCAGCCAUAUGGACUCUUCUCUAUUCGACAAGUUCAGCAAGGGACACUGGCACUAUGUAUGCUGCCAGAAACUUCCUGAGAGCACACAAUGUGUCCAAUGAUCCAAUGAAGGACAUCAAUGCCUCAGUGGAGUUUCUUGACAAAUACACAGAAGCUCUCAUAGUUUGUGCUGCACUGGAGCACUUCGGAAUGGAGGCAGUGACAUCGGAGCCCACAAAACACCCUUAUGACCCCAUGACCAUGGAUCCCACCGUCUAUGUGAAAGAGCAGCUUCACAGCAUUGUUGACAAAUUUGCGCUUCAUGAAGGGCCAGACUUUGCGAAGCAAGCAGACUAUGUGUGCCCUCAUUGCCAGAAGGUAUAUAAGCGGCUGAGCGGAAUCAGAAAGCAUAUGGAAGAUAAGCAUUCACAACAAGCACCUCAAGCUAGUUCUGACACUUCGACACAAGAUGGAGAAGACAGUGUUUACAACUACAGUUGUGCAUCAGUAAGCAUUUGUUUGUUGUUUAGAGAUUUCCAGGAUGCACGAAGAUAUGGAGAUGGAGCCAGAUUAAUUCGUUUAUACAAGUACUUGCUACUGUACUUCAAGCGAACUCAUCGUACCAAGUACAGUUUUCAGUCGUUGAGACUCUUGGCCCAAGUGGAGUGUAUGCUGUCACCUCGUCUAGCCUUUGAGCUCACUUGGAACAGGUUCGUGAACAAGGAGGGAAAGGCUGACACAAACAAAGAGGUGGACAGGGAAAAUGAACACCAGAAUAAAGUGUUGAAGGGAGAGUGCAAGCAAUUCAAUGGCAAGAUUAGCGAAGCUUCUGUGGAACGGGUUAGUCACUCGGCGCAAGAAAUUGAAGAAAUCCUGGUGACUUGCGAUAACGUUUCGCAUGUACAGAGAAAGAAAGGACUCCAUGCUGGGAAAGAUACUACAGGUGAUGUCCAGAAACUAGCGACAGCCAUGCAUAAAGAAAGGAUCUUCCAGGAGAAGCAAAGUCGCAGGCAUCAUGCUUUCCCAAGCUAUCCAAAGAAUCCCUUGACUCAGCUAGACUUGCCUGAUCUACAGAGAUGGAUGAAAGCCACCCUUAAGAAACCGAGUUGUAGAUUGUGAGGAUUUUAUUGUGAUUUUCCUUUGUCAAGCUGUAGAUUGGAUGUUACAAGUAAACCUCUGUGACCCUUGACCUUUGACUUGAGAUAUUAACUUCAGACUUGAGGAUAGUAUGUAUCACCAUAUGAAGAUGAUCUGAUUUUAUUUUGGAAUGCGUAGUUCAUAGGUCAAGGGUCGCAGAGGUCAACUUAUAAAAUUCCAGGUAUUGGCCUCAUUAUGGCGAUAUUUCAGAACCCCUUGAGAUGUGAACUUCAAAUUUGAUGGGGUCUUCAUAGGAAAACAAGCUGACUAGAUUUUUGGUAUAAUGAGGUCAAAAGUCAUAGGUCACAGAGGUCAAUUUCUGAAAUUACUGGUUUAAAAGGCGGAGGCAUAUAGCAGACGCAUUCGCAUUUGUCUUGUUUAUUCUUAAGACCUUAGCCAAUACAUUUAAGGGUUUGCAUAGCAAAACACAGUGUUAAAAUCUCAGGGAUAAUUCUAUAUUUUUGGUAUUAUGUGGCGUACAUACAAAUACAAUGUCGACUAAAAAAGGAAAUUGGCAAUAUGAUAUAAUGUCAUAUGAUAUGAUAACAAUAGUGAUAUGAUAAUAUCUUCUUUUCUUAUACCAUUCGAUUACAUGUAGCUUACUUAAAAACAUGUAGAUGGUGUCACUAAACUGAACAAAAUAUAUUGAAUGAAUCUUUUGAUUGACCCAGCUUGACCAUAAAAGAAUUCUGCACAAAAGAUGGCCCAGUACCAUUUUCGCUUAAGUCACAGAUAGUGUUGUUGUUAUCAUUAUUAUUAUUCUCCGUGUCAUUAUUAUUGGUAUUAUCAUUGUGGCAGUUAUUAUUUGUGCUGAAAAAAAGUAUUCUUUGUGUUACAUGUAUUGGUAAUGUGAAGACUUCUCGGCUACGUUGCAAAUGAACAUUUCAUUUUCUUUGCCAAUUUGUGUUUUCACUAGACAUAUGAAAUUAUCUGCCAGUUACUGCCAAAAUCCGAAAGUGCAUUACUCUAUAAAUGUGUGCAAUAGUGCAUAGAUUAUUUCAUGUAUUAUCUUUUUGUUUUUCAGUAAUGUAUAUGCAAUGUAUUUUGGUUUCAUUCUUAAUUGACAAAUGUGCUUGGUCAAGAGAAGAACAAUGUUCCAUACGAUCAACAAGUAAGUUUUGAACAAAUGGUUUGCAAAACUCCUCCAGACCAAUUAAAUUACCUCUUUAUAUCGAAGCCUUGUCAAAUUAGGGCUGGCAAAUAAAAUGAUAAUAAAAAACGAUAGAAUACAAACAAAAGGGACAGGCAAAACCACCUUUUGUUACUAAACAGUGUCUUUUAUAACAGGCUUCCACUGUAGUCUAGUUGGCAAUUUACUGAUACUGCAAUACAAUUAGUGAAUAUAUAUAUUUUUAAAAGAAUCUAACCUGUGAGUCAUUGAAACAAUUAUUCAAAGUAGUAAUCCGGGUGGAUGCAAGACGAUGAGAAUUGAUGACUGCCAACCAUGUGUAGAUACAUGAAAAACUAAAUUCACCCUUUCAGAAAUUUGUUUAGAAUCCUGAAGUUUCAUUCUACUGAGCAGAAAAGGGGCAGUCUUUCAAGUCUUUCUGAUCACUGAAAACGUAACUAUGAUAGUCGAGUAGGCAUUUUUUUCUUCAAAUCUUUGCAUAUUCUUUAGCCUAAUCUGUUAUAUUUAUAAUGUCUUUUUGAAAUGCUAAUAUGGAUACAGAAGUCAUCCAUUACCUUACAAUGAGAUGGGGGAUGAGAGUGAAGUAUUGUGUUUCACAUGCAUUCGACACCCCCCCCCCCCCCCCAAAAAAAAAGAAAACACAACACACAAAGGAAAUUUGAUGAUAAUAAUAGAACCCAAAAGAAAACAAAACCGUUUUUGUUUCAGUUUACCCCUGCUAAUUUUCUAUGCUGGUUCAUAUAAGUACUUGUAGCAGAGGGUGUAUGUACAUCAGUUUGUAAAAUAAGCAACGUUGUAUGGAGAUAGAUAAAUAAGUGUUUAAAAGCAGAGAGGAAUAAAGAAUGCAUUAAAAAAAAAAGUUUCAAGGUUGAGAAAGACAGAAUAUUAAAUUGUUAUAUUUUAGUCAAAAUUUGUGCAGUCCGAGUAACUUCAUGUUGCAAUUUAAAUUGUUGAUAACAGUAAAAUCUGGGACAUCCAGAGGAUGAAUGAA